CGGCACCGCCUCCACCAGACUGCUUUAUGUCUGGCAGCAGAGACCAUGCGCGGUCGCCAUAUUACGGAGCACCCCUCCCCUCCAGUCCCGUCACAGCACAGAGCCACAGCAGCGGUGCAGGAGGCUACAUACUGAACAACGCUACCGCCGGGGAGGACCAGUGAUACAGCAAAACCAAGACUAAAACCAGGACUCAGUGGGAUGGAUUAAACCUUUGUACGCCGCUGUUAAUUGAUCGUAUUCGGUUUUACACUGAUCUGCACUGGAUGAAAGGUUGCUUGUUUACAUUUUCUUUCCUUUGAGCAAAUUCAGCAGCUAAAACGACUCGUCUGUGUUUAGCUAGCCGGUGAUGGAGACUGGCAGCUAGCUAGCUGACGUUACUCCUCUGUCAGGCUAGCAUCUGAUAUAAGGCUAACUUACCUAGCAGCUAACGAGUGCCCGUUUGUUUCUCACUAGAAAGCCAACAAAAUGUUUGUUUAAUAGAGGCACAAACGGACAACACUGGUAGUUAGCCGGCGAAUUAACACUGGCAUCGGUUGACGUUAGCUCGCUAGCUACUCAGCCACUAGCUUCUUUUGCCUCGCUAACUGUCACUGGAGAUCGUGUAUGAGAGGCUGUAAAUAUUGGCACAACUUUGCCUGAUAUUUAAGAACAGCCCGGUUGUAAUUUUUAUUUUUUUGAUCGUCUGUUGAUCGCAGUUUAGUCAAAACGGCGCCGUUAACGAACUGCAACCUUAUUGCAUACUGUCAGAGACCAACUACCCCCCGGAUCCUCUCGAAAUGCAUCAUCCGGACCCUGCAGGAGACUCUGGCAGUGUUAGAAAGAUGGCGCACCCGGCUGUCUUUCACAGAAGGGGUAGCAAUACAGGCAGCGGGAGCGGCUCCACGCUGUCGGCACCGGCAAACCAGGUGGUCAAUAACAGCCACGUCCCAGCCGAUGAUUACCAACCCUCCCUGUUGAUCCAGUGCCAACCUCCUGCUGGUUCAUCCUCCCCGGGUCCCCACCACAUCCCACCCCACAGCCUGAACCUGCAGCCCCAGCCCACACAGCCCACCGGAGCUCAGAUAAAGAAGAAGAGUGGCUUCCAGAUCACAAGUGUGACUCCAGCACAAAUAUCUGUGAGUACCAACAACAGUAUUGCAGAGGACACAGAGAGCUACGAUGACCUGGAUGAGUCCCACACAGAGGAUCUGUCUUCUUCGGAAAUCCUGGAUGUGUCCCUCUCCCGCGCUAACGAUGUAGUGGGAGCAGAGAGGAGCUCGUCAGAGGAGACGCUGAAUAAUUUCCACGAUGCUGAGACCCCUGGAGCUGUCUCCCCUAACCAGCCCUCACACCCCCAUGCCCUGAACCAGCAGCAUGGUGGGGCCAUGGUGAAUGGGACUGUGCACCAUCCUCAUCAUCCUAACCAUGCCCAGGGAUACCCGCUGUCCUCUGGGCCUGGGAGCAUCCCAUCUGCCCUCGCUUCUGGACCUUGUGUCACCCAGAAAAUGCCUUCUAACGUGGGGGUCCCUCAAGAGAAUGUUUCCCAGGCUGCCCCCCCAAGUAUUGUGGCUCAGCCCGUGGGGGUUGCGGCCCCGGGUUCUGUCCCUGGAAUGCACAGCUCUGCUACAGGCACUACAGUUAGCAUAGUUAAUCCCCAGACCAGCACUGUUAGUAAUGUGAAUAUGUUAAGCUCUGCCAACGUGCCUGUGAGAGGGGGGAUCAGCACGAGUGCUAGCAGUAGCAGUGGUGGCUUUCCUCUCAAUGUGAUGAGCAGCAGCGGGGGGAGUGGAGGUGGAGGUGGCGCUGCUGCAGCCGGGGGUAACCUCAUAACCACCACUAAUGUCAGCAUGAUCCAGCAACACCAAAACAUCAACUCCAACAUGAUUACUACGACUACUGCUGCUGCUUUCAGUGCCUCUGGAGGGAUGGGGCUCUCCAGUGGGAUCCAGGGAAGAGUUGGGUCUGCUGUGAGUGCCCCUGUCACAGCUGUGGCCACAGCCCCUGCACCAUCUGCUCCUGCCCCAGCUCCUGCCCCUGCAGUGACUACCACCAGUUCCCGCUUCAGGGUGGUGAAGCUGGACUCUAGCUCUGAACCCUUUAAGAAGGGCAGAUGGACAUGCACUGAAUUCUAUGACAAGGAGACCCCGGUCUCUGCUCCCAGCUCUGCUGCAUCUGAUACCGGGUCGGUCAGCAUGCGUCAGUUUGUUUCUGAGAGCUUUGCUGGGGCCUCAGAGAGGGAAAGCACAAGUGGUAGUUCUGUGAGCAGCACUAUGAGUACAUUGAGCCAUUAUACUGAGAGUGUGUGCAGUGGAGAGGCUGGGGGACCCCCAGUUGCCCAGCAUGCCCAGGAUUACGCCUCCCCUCCUCAGGGCUUUCAAGGAAUCCUCCCCAGUGGCUUAAGCAUGGGAGUGUCGCAACCUCACAUGCACCCCCAGGAUAUUACCCUUUCACAUGGGAAGACUACUGCGGCCCCCUCGGCUCCCACUAGCAUUCAUCAGCCUGCUCCCAUGCCAGGCCACCAGACCGCCAGUGGUCUCCCUGCGCCGGCGUUACCCCAGCAGCAGCUCACUUAUGCCCAGGCGGUUGCUAAUCAAUCCUCAGGCUCCUCACAGGGCUUAGUGGGUGUUCAGCAGCAGCAGGCAGGCUAUGCCACCUUACCACAGCAACCAUCUGCUACCCCCCAAGCAGCCCCAGUGCAGGUGAGGCCACCUGAGUACUCUCAUCCACACCAAGGUAUCUCCCAGGCUACAGCUUCUCAACCUCUGCCCAACCAAACUGGAUCAGCUCCCUCUGUGUCAGCUAAUGGAGCAUGUCAGAUGAUGGGCGGCCCACAGCAGUCACAGGCACUCCUUCACACACAGGCCCAGCAGCCCUCCUCCCUUCAGUCCGCCACCUCCAGUAUGCCCCCUCAUGUUGGAGUACCAGGCCUUGGCCAGCAGCCUCAGAGCCACCCAGGCCAUCUGGAUUGCCAGCAGCAGAAGCCACAGUCGCUCCCAACACAAAUCCAAAACCCGGGUCUCAGCACCCAGCUGCCCACAACAGUCCACCAGAGCCAAGUGUCUGCACCAAGUGUGCCUCCUCCCAACUCUCAGAGUGCUCCCCAGACCCAACCACAAGCCCACAACACUGGAAACAGUGGUAGAAUGCCCCCACAGGGUGUCCCGCAGAGCCAGCUGUCUUGUGUCAGCUUGUCCCAGGACCACAGCAGCGCCCUGGCCCUGGCUCAUGCUGCCCAGGCCAGCGCCCUCUACGCCAGUCUGCCCACCUUCACCACCACUCAGCUGCAGGAUGCCCAGCGGCUGCUCCUCCAGCACCAGUCGGCUUUGUUGGGGCUGCCCAAGCUGUCCGGAGGGGAGGCUGGCUCUGGAUCCAGCACUGGCCAGGGUCAAGAAGCGGAGGGCAACGCCACUGCCGCCAGUGCCUUAACUGCAUCUGCUGGUCUCAAGACGGUGGAUGGAGAGGAGGAUGGCUCGUCAGGAGCCAGCGUUGUGGCCAUAGAUAACAAGAUUGAACAAGCAAUGGACCUGGUGAAGAGUCACCUGAUGUACGCCGUGCGUGAGGAGGUGGAAGUCCUAAAGGAGCAGAUUAAGGAGCUGAUUGAUCGUAACUCCCAGUUGGAGCAGGAGAACACCCUGUUGAAGACACUGGCCAGCCCGGAGCAGAUGGCCCAGUUCCAGGCCCAGGUUCAGACCGGCUCCCCGCCUGCCCCUUCAACAGCUGCCACCCCGGGACCCCCGAGCGCCGCUGCCCUCACCCAGCCCACUUCGCACAGCUCUGGUCCCUCGGCGUAGCCUGGUCUGCACAGACAGACGGACAGACUGACUUUUAAGUUCUGCUGCAGCAGCAGAGUUAAACCUUGCCUUCUACAGCAGGAGGUUAUGCUGUUAAGACAAGAAUUUGCACAUAUUUAUCUCUCAGAAGGAUGCAGCUAGUGGGACAGGAGGUGUGGUGCUGUACAGCACGGUGGUGGAGGGUGACAAUCUUGAGAUGCUGUAAAGGGGAGUUGGUUUCAGCGGAGGAUUGAAUCAUCGAACAUUUGCCAAAUAUCCCUUGGACAUAUCAACUAGAAUGUCUUACCAAGAAGAAACAAAAACAGCUUAUCAGUGGCGACAAUAUACUUAGCUAUAGAAAAAAAAUCACUGUGCCUGUGUCUGGAUUUUAAGUGAUGUCGAUUUUACUGAUGAUGGCGGUGGAAGCGCAGGAGGUGGAGGAUUGUAUUGGUUACCAAUUUUUUUUUUUUUUUGCUGAAUGAUGUAAAUAAAAGAGGUUCUCUCUCAAGGCUGAAGUUACAGACUGAGAGAUGUGAGGGAGCGGAAAAAGCCUUCUCUGAGUGACAUAUGAAGAAUGUGAGCAAUUAUUAUGACAAAGUCCCCAUCUGGAAUGGGGGAGUCGAGGGAGGGCUGGGGAGGGGGCGGGAGGGUAUUCUUGAACAACACCCGGCAGCAUUGAUGACGUUACUUCAACCGUGGGUUGGUGGGAUGAACAAAACAUGGUUUCUUAUGGAGAUGAUGAUAUUCUAUUUCAGUAUUUCACUUUCAAGCUCCUCAUUUUGCCCUCGACAAAGCUCAUCAUUGCUGUUCUCUCAACCCUGCAGUGGCAUGUAAUUUAAACCUUAUUUGACAGGGUUGGGACAUUUGGGCUAAGCUGCAUUUUCUUUUUUUUCCUAAAAGUUUGACGGGCAGAAGAAGAUGUAUAUUUCUGUAUAGUGUAAGUACCAUGUAAAAUAGUGCGGAGAGGGAGAAAAACAACAGAGGCUAUCUUGGCCACACAGAUUGAAGCGGGUGAGCGGGGAACAUGCUGGUCUUGCCCAGUCUGUGUCGUCUAUUUUUAAUGCUGUAUUUUCAAGAUUCUGUGGAUGGACAGGAGUUUAGGUUAUUUAACUGACAACACACAGACAGCAAAGGUGUCCAUAUCCCUUACUGCGACAUUAACUCUUACUGUAAAAUCAUUUUCACUUGGCUCUUUUUCUUUCUGGAGUAUUGCACCUUUAUAUUUUCUUUUUAUUUGACAGUGAAGUACUUUUGGAUGAACAAUAUCUUAAAUCUCAGCAUUUAAAAAAACAAACUCUAGAGAUGUUUUUUUUUUCUUUUUCAUUCUGUGUAUCAGUUGUAUGCUCAUGUUCUGUGCAUGUUUCUGCAAAAACCGGAUGAGAUAUUGUAACAUACAUACCACAAUUGCACUUGACAGCUGCACUUCACAACUUUUAAUAAACAUGCUUAAGGAAGAAUAA